AUGCCACGUUCUGAUCAGUUUUCUGAUACUUUUCUUCUUCAAUUAAAAAAAUUUAUUAAUGAUACUCAAGUCAAUACAGAUGUUAUUCUUAUUUAUACAAAUUUAUUACAAUUAAAUACAAAUCAUAUAAAUACUGAUGUGAUAAGUUGUAUCUAUCAACUUUUAGAAAAUAUAAAUGAAUUAGAUUUAGAAUUAAAACAAAAUCUUUCUAUUUUUGUAAAACUUGCAAUUGAAAGUAAUAUUACACCACCAAAUUUAGAACUUUUAACGUCACGAUUAAAUGAAAAAGAUCAUCUACUACAAAGCAAUGCUAUUCAAAUUAUUUAUUAUAUGGUGAAUAUAAAGAAAUGUACUCUUACUGAAAAAAUAUUAACAUGUCUCUAUCAAAUUAAUAAAGAUGAAAAAGUUUUAGAAAUCUUAGAACUUGUCAAUCGAAUUCAACAAUUACCAGCGAAUAUUAUUGAAAAACUACAAUUCAUCAAUUAUCGAAAUCUACAUGAAGAUAUUAAUUUAUUCAAUAAAUUAAAAUGGGCUGUUUCUCAUGAACAAAUUCUAUUAAAACAUCAUUUUGUUGAACUUUCAAAUUUAUUAUAUUCAACUAAGAAAGAGUAUCGUCUAUUAGCAUCUGAAAUUCUUCAAAUUGUUAUUUCAAAAAAUCAUCAAAUUAUACCAGAUCAAGUCAUAGAAACUAUAAUUAUAACUUUACAAGAUGAAUUAAUCUAUCUAAAUACUCUUCAAUUUUUGAAUAAACUUUGUCAAAAUGGUUGGAAAGCUAACGAGAGAAUAAUAAUAAAUUAA